GAGUUACUGUUCUUGAAGGGCCCAUUUAUGCAGUAGGAGGUCAUGAUGGCUGGAGCUAUUUGAAUACAGUCGAGAGGUGGGAUCCACAAAGUCAACAGUGGACCUUUGUGGCCAAUAUGUCCAUUGCCAGAAGCACCGUUGGGGUGGCAGCUUUAAAUGGCAAGUUAUACUCAGUCGGUGGCCGAGAUGGAAGUUCCUGCUUGAGUUCUAUGGAGUAUUAUGAUCCUCACACCAAUAAGUGGAACAUGUGUGCUCCAAUGUGCAAAAGAAGAGGAGGAGUUGGAGUGGCCACCUGUGAUGGUUUUCUUUAUGCCGUCGGAGGCCAUGAUGCCCCUGCCUCUAACCAUUGCUCCAGACUCUUGGAUUAUGUUGAGAGGUAUGACCCCAAAACUGAUACCUGGACGAUGGUAGCCCCAUUGAGCAUGCCUCGUGAUGCUGUUGGUGUUUGCAUCCUUGGUGAUAAGUUAUAUGCGGUGGGUGGCUACGAUGGCCAGACGUACCUAAAUACAAUGGAGUCGUAUGAUCCACAGACCAACGAAUGGACACAGAUGGCAUCUCUAAAUAUUGGACGAGCUGGGGCCUGCGUCGUAGUCAUAAAGCAACCAUGACAUGAUCCGUAAUGGAUUUUAUUGACUUCUAAGCAGGAUUUUUCCACCAAACAAGAAAGAAAAUUUUGUCAAGCAACAAGGUCAAUAGAUACCCUCAGCCUUCUGUUGAUCACAACUCACAGACAUUAAAAGGAAGUGAACAAAAAAUGAGGAUUCAAUGCCCUUUCCUAUCAGUAUACUGCUUUAUGAUUUAACAAGGGGGGGAAAUCUGUUUUAGUAGCCAAUCUGUGUAUGUGAAAAGGAAGAAAUUCAGUUACUGAUCUAUUGGCUAUUUACAAGAAUCCAAGCAAAUGACCAAAUUUUCUUAAGAAAUUGAUGGUUUUCAUAGCACUAGAUAUUUUAACUCCAUCACAGCACACUGUCACUUUGUAAAACAUAGUUAUUUUUUUCUUCUUAAAAAGUUGUAUUUUAUUUAUUUGCAUUCUUUUUCGCUUAAGGCCUUAUCUUCAAACAUUUUAGCACUUUGCUACUGACACAGACAAUAAUGAGACAGGACAAAAUUCUCGUUUUGUUUCCUCCUGUAAUCGAGUACAAAGACACCGUUCUUUUCCGUCAUUGAAAACGAUUCAACAUUCAACCAUGAUUGUUUUUCCUAAUCAAUGACUGGUCCUUCCACUAAAUGGCUUGGAUGGAAUUGUGUUUCUAUGGAGCAUGGCGGAGCGAAUGUGUUUCAGAGAGAAGAGUGAACCUUCAAACAAUUGGGGUUCGAUGCCAUAAAGGAGAGCCAAAGGAAUCUCACCCCAAAUUUACCCUACUCAAGCAUGUGAAGCCUUCUUUCUUUCAAAGCUUUUGAACUUCUCCUGCAUGUGAGAUGUAUGUAGAAGAUGGAAAAAAUAGCAGUUUGUCCACCAUUGCAUCAUCUAAGAGAUAUCACUGAGCAAUUGCAAGAAAGAGACUUAUUGGGACCUAGAUGGGCAGUAAGAAGAUUGUUUAAGAAGAGAUUGGAUAACCAUUUGUCUGGAGUGGUGUAGUGUUUCUUGCCUAAGCAGGGGGGUUGG